CGUGCCCACGCCAAGCAAGGCCCAAGACAGUCCAUCCCUCAUUCCGAAUCCUCUCACCCUCCUUGCGGGCGAUGCUAACCCUAGAGCCGCCGGCGGCCGCCGCCACUUCGCCUGCCAGCGGCUCCGACCAUGACUUCCAGCUUCUCCCGCCAUCAGCGCCCCUUCCCCAGAAGGUCUCCUCCUUGGCCCUCGGAUUAAUCUCCCGCUCCCGCUCCCGCCGGGUCCCUCAUGAAUCGUGAAACGGCGCGAGCGGGUCCGCGGUGAAGGCACCGAGGCUGCAUCCACUGCCGUGCAUGCCGCCCGGUGCAGGAUCCUCAGGGACGUGGAGGAGCAUGGUGGAGUACAACGGCAAGGGUGGGGUGGAAGGAGACGCCCUGAGCAUUUUUUUUUGGACGCCGUGAGCAUGGAAUGACCUUACUGCUCCAUCUCCAACAUAACUCCAGCUGCUAUUGCCAGUUUGGUCUUCUCUUCUACAUUGAUCCGUUUAGAUCCCAACUAAUCAAGAGAUAUGAGGACAGGGAGGAUGAAGGAGCCGCAGUUGUAAGUGCUACGGCGGGCGAGCAGGGAUGCAACUGGAGAUUGGUCAGAGACUGCAACAUAUUGUUAGCUUCAUGAGGUGUUGACGAUGUUCUCUGAACUCUGAUCUCUCUCCCAUGUUUUCAGACAACAAUGAUCAGUAGUCCUUGGCACAAUUUUACUUCUCUAUUUGCAGUCUAAAAGCUUGGGGAAAAAAUGGGGGCCAUGAAUACCCGCAUUGCUCUCAUAUCAUGUCCAUGAAUGAAAAAGGGUACAUAGUGCCAUCAUUGUUCAUCCUCUACCUUUGUUGCGAGCGUUGUCUGAAUCAACUUAAAAUUAGCUGACAAAAAGGCUUCAUGUCUAGUUUUUCACCAGCCUUCACCUCUGUGCAGUUUUCUUGGCAUGGGAUCUGGAGGUCUAGAAUAGGAUGCUUAUAUAUAUUACCAACUUUUGUUUAUGUUUCUGUGAGCCAUGAGUGGACGCACGCGAUGGGUGGUCUAGCACAGAACUGAUUUGCUACUUCAUGAUGAGCAGGAAAUGAUUUGCUGCUUCGUGAUGAGAAGAUUGAGUGGACAGAUGAUCCGCAGGAUGUUCAAGGUUGAGGUUACUGUGGUUUGUGAUUCGGUCAUGUCCCGAGACUGAGAACGGCUAGCUGCACAAAGGAAUCAGGCGAACAAUGGCCAACAUGGACCAAGACAAUUAGAGCCAGUCAAAAGAAUUAUUAGAAAGUUUGUGUGGAAGAAAAGUAUGACCAGAACUCAGGAAGAGCAGAAAGAGUAAGAAUGCCAGUAUAAUUUACAAUCACUACAUAAUCUACCGGAUGAACAAUAUACUCACGGGCUGCAGAAGUACAAGCAAAAAUAAAUUGGAAGCUAUGUGUUAUAAGAAUGGGAGAAAACAUCACGGGUGAAGAGGAAAUGAUACAUUCAUCUCAAGAGGGGAACUCAAGACGGGGACAAAGCGUACUAGAACUGGUGGAAAUGAAAAAGAAAGGAUGCUCUACCAGGCAGUGCCCUCAGCUAUACAGAAUCAACAAAUUCUGGACUCGAUAUUGCAAAAAUCAUGUACCCGCCGAUAUUGCCAAGUGAUAAGGGCAAAUUCAAACUAUCAACCAGCACAAGUGACAGAAUCAUCAGCUGUAGACAGUGCAAUAAUGGCUGACCAGAUGAUGAAACGGAGACGACGGGAUGAAUUAACGAGAACAGCACGAAUGAAGAGGAGAGCACAAAUUCAGCUCAAGAAGAGCAGAAAACGUGCUAGAACCAAUAACGGUGAAAUAGGCAAGGAUGAUAACUCCAAUGCCAGUAAGAUAUGGAACUUUGGGGGGCCAACAUGCAUCUGCCAACACUGCCAUGCACUUAUGUGGCAUGAAGAAAUACAAUCUUAUGGAUGUAGAGAGCCAAUCUCUGGGAUAUGCUGCAAACGAGGACAGGUUAUCUUGCCACCAUUGAAAGAACCGCCACCAUACCUUACGAGUUUGUUGAGAAGAGAUGGAGGAAAAAGAUCAGCAAACUACCGGAAAAAACAUUAGGUCUUACAACUCCAUGUUUGCAUUCACAUCAAUGGGGGUUACUUUAGAUAAGAAAAUAAAUAAAGGGCAUGGACCUUAUGUUUUCCGACUGAAUGGCCAGAACCGCCACCAGAUAGGUACCCUGCUACCUCAAGAAGGAAAUAAGCCUCGUUUCCAGCAGUUGUAUAUCUAUGACACGAAUAAUGAGAUCCAUAACAGGGUAGAAGCAUCAAGAUCUGGUGGACGUGAUGGCUCACUAGAUGAAACAAUUGUCAGUGGCCUACUAAGCAUGCUCGACGAGAAUAACACACUAGCACAAUCAUUCCGAAUGGCAAGAGAUAGAUUUAAAGAAGACGACUACGACAACUUCACUCUACGUUUACUUGGCAACAGGGAUCAAGAUGGGAGGCAAGAUAACAUGCCAUCAACAUCGGAAGUUGCUGCACUUAUAGUCAAAGAUCCAACCCAAAAACAUUAUGUGCGUGACAUUGUUCUCGAGUACAAAGAUAUGAAACCUAAAAGAAUUUCAGAAAUCCAUCCAAAAUUCAUGGCCAUGCAAUACCCAUUGCUCUUCCCAUAUGGAGAAGAUGGUUAUAGACUUGGAAUCAAAUACAACAAAAAGAAAGGUGCAAGUAACAAGAAAUAUAUCACCAUGCUGGAAUACUAUGCAUAUCAUCUCCAACAGCGCCCAGGUCAGUCAAUGUUGCUGCUAACAUGUGGAAAUCUAUCAAUGCAGUUCAUAGUAGAUGUCUAUACAUGCAUCGAACAGUGUAGGCUCGAUUGGUUCAGAAAAAAUCAAGGAAAAUUAAGAACAGAACUUUAUGAUGGACUACACGACGCAUUCAGAAAAGGAGACACACUGACAGAGCUAGUAGGGAGGAGAAUAGUACUCCCAGCAAGUUUCACAGGAAGUCCUCGAAACAUAGAGCAGAACUACCAAGAUGUGAUUGCAAUAUGCUGGAAAUCCUGACUUGUUCGUAACAUUCACAUGCAACCCUAGUUGGCCUGAGAUUCAAUUGAUGCUAGAUGAAGCCGGGAACCAGAAACCAGCAGAACGACCUGAUAUUGCAGUUCGAGUGUUCAUGAUAAAGCUAAAAGAGCUCAUGUUUGAUAACAACAUUUUGGAAAGACUAAAGCAAUCAUCUUCACAAUAGAAUUCCAGAAGAGAGGACUCCCACAUGCCCAUAUACUAAUAUUCCUUGACGGAAAAGAGAAAGGGAAGCGUCUCAAGCCCUCACAAACAGAUGAAAUUAUAUGCGCUGAAAUCCCGGACAAGGAUAGGGAUCCAGUAACAUUUGAAGCUGUCAAGAAUUUUAUGAUGCACGGACCAUGUGGAGAGGCAAAUCCAAAGUCACCCUGCAUGGAAAAACAUAUGUGCAGUAACUACUUUCCAAAAGAAUUCUGUGAUGAGACGGUCAUUGAUGAAGACAACUACCCAAGGUACAGGAGACGAGAUAAUGGCCGCCAAAUAGACAAGGGAGGAGUCAAGUUGAACAAUGGAUUUGUUGUACCAUACAACAAAGAUCUCCUGGUAAAAUUCCAAGCACACAUAAAUGUGGAGUUGUGUCAUCGAUAUAUGUCAAUCAAAUAUCUCUUUAAGGAUCCGUGAAGGAGAUAACCAAGCAACAGCACUGGUCGAAGAAACAGACCAAUCAAAAAACUAUGAUGAGAUUAGAAUGUACCUUAGAUGCAGAUACAUAAUAGCAACUGAAGCAUGCUGGCGAAUAUUCAAGUUUCCUCUACAGUACCAGCAACCAUCUGUUCAGAGGCUAUUGUUCCACGAGGAGAACAAGCAACAAGUCAUUUUUCCUGACUCAACAAACCUAGAAAAAAUAAUACAGCGCCCAAGAUCAAGUACCACUAUGUUUACUGAGUGGAUGGAGACAAAUAAAAAACACAAAGAUGCGAGAGAAUUAACAUAUUUGGAGUUUCCUACAAGAUGGACAUGGAAAAAACAGAAGUGGACAAGGCGGAGAGGAGGAAGGAACAUUGGCAGGAUAUACAAUGCUCAUCCUGCAAGCGGAGAAAGGUACUAUCUCAGAGUUCUUCUCAACACUGCGAAGGGUUGCAUGACAUUUGAAGACAUCAGGACUGUCAACGGAAUCGUGCACUCAUCAUACAAAUUGUUAGAAUAAAUCCGAGGUAUACCGUCGAUCAUCCGAGGAUCAAGCAACCAUACGAGCACGACACCGAAAUUUGUUAACGAGGUUCACCGAUAUGGCUACAUCCCCGGGGCCUGACUAUGGGCGCUCAUCCCCAUGACACCGCUACAAUACCGCACC